CUUUGUAUACAUCGACGAGGUCCUCAAGAUAGCGGAGAGUGGUGUCACUCGCGAGCUUCCAGGGAACUACCCCUAUGCGGUGAAGAAGCACUAUGCUCUGCGUUUCACAAAAGAUUGGGAUGGGCCCGCCCGGCGAUUAUUUACAAGAUUGGAGAAUAUCUUCAAAGCAGAGCUGAAGAAACUUGUACAACAGCACUCUUCUAGAUUCUCUGCUGGUGGAUUGCACUAUAAAGUCCUUCAACGUACUAUGGAAAAGUUGCAAGAGUGCAUUGCUCUGGAGCAGGAGGAGCCGAUGACCUCCAACGAACAUUAUUUAGAGGACUACAAGGCUAAAUAUAUGGCACGAUAUAAAGCAGUAUUGAGAACUCAUACUCAACACGAAGGAGAGCUCCAGAAAUUCAUGGAAGGUAAAUUUCAAGGCUCAGAGAUGAUGCAGACCACUCUCCAAAAUCUACAAGCAAUGGGUUUACCUGCGAACGAAGAUGCUCUGAUGCGGUUGCUCCCUCCUAACCCAAUUGAUAAUGCACUUCAAAUCAUGGCUGAAUUUGCCUUUAAGCGAUUUGUAGACUAUGUUCCUAUGAUUAUUGACUACGAGUUGUUCAAAGGAUUUGAAAGGACGAUGAACAAUGCGUUUGUCAAGGGUCUUGAACUUGGAGAAUCCCAGCUCAGGGAACGCUUCGCGGCGUACCUCGAGCAGGAUCCCGAGCUUGUAGAGCGGCGAGAGACCCUCAAGCGGGAUUACAGUCGCUUUGAAAGUGCCUUAGAGGAUCUUCAGAACAUACCAGGAUUUUCUCUCUCAUCAGAUAAUUCUGAUGACCUUGUAUACUUCCUUCAAGCUCAUACACGAACCAUACUUUCUAAUGCUUUCGAGUCGGACCAUUUACGGCUGACGUUUUUGACUCAAUUGAGUGGUGCGCAAAGCUUGGUUUCCACCCCCACCUUCAAUGUUGUGGGCAAUUAUCUCGACGACCUGAGCAUCGUCAACGCCUUUCGGGCUCACCAACUAGUCUUAGUCGUCUGGUACAACGACAUUACUGCCAACAACUUCACAAAUAUACCGCUCUCGAUGGUGGUCCACGAUAGUCGCGUUCGUAACGAGAGUCAUAAGGCCGAGGGUCGUAUUGGCGUUCAUCUGGGAGUAGAUUUAAAACAAUUACAGAAGAGGGUAUUUCUUUCUUACAAUCAGGGCGCUUGGGAGGUCCAUAGUAGCGGCCGGGUGUCGGC